AUGGAGCCUUCCACUUCCUCAUCUGAUUCAUCUGUGGAUCACUGCUGGGGAAAUCUUUGCGAGUGCAGGGACGAACGUUGCUGCCUUUGCCGCCUGUUUGACAAUGCCAUCGACGACGAGCUGGCGAAUGUGCCGCUCACCGGUCUCAUGCCGUCAGGCGCCACAGUUCACAAGGAGUUCCUUUGCAUUCGCUGUGAGACGAUACCCGUGGGGCGGAUCUUCCAGUGCCACAAUGGCCAUCUGAUCUGUGAGGCGUGCUACCAGGUGCAGGUGCUGGACAAGAUGCUGUGCGAGACGCUCGGCACCUGUCCGCAGUGCAGUGUCAGGAUGUACCGCCACCUGCCCAACCGGAACAUCGCCAUUGAGUGGCUCCUGGCCGAGAUGCAGCUGGCCUGCGAGCAUUGCGGCACCAAAAUGCCGCGUUCCGCCCUCCGAUCGCACUUCCGAGGCGAGUGUCCCGGGCGCUUGGUGUACUGCAAGUACAGGCGCAUUGGAUGCCCAUGGUACGGUCGACGCGCCGAGGCCAGUGCCCAUGAUGCGGCGUGUGCGUGGCCCUCGAAGACGGGCGCCGAGCUGAUGGAGCUGCUGCUGCCCAUACAAGCCGAGCGGGAUGCCCGGACACGUGUGCUGCAGCAGAUCCAGAGUAUGGUGCAGCUGCCCAACCUGACGGUGCGGCUCGUGCAAGUCCUGCCCCAAGGACGCAUUCGCAAGUUUCCCCAGAACCAGUUCGUCGCGGUGAGCAACUUGCGAGCCCACGCCCAGCAGUGGUCGCUGCUCCUCAAGUGGCAGACACCCGCUGCCGACGAUGACAAUCCGCAGGCCAUGGGCUCGCUCCACCUCUGCCUGCAGCUGGAUCCGCCCGAGGACUGGUCUGCCAAGCUGCUGGUUUCCUACACCCUGGUGCACGGCACCCACUCCGAGGUGUUCUUUCGCCCGAACUACUGCGAACGCUUCGAGUUCUCCAGCAACCAGCUGCGUGGACCGCCAGCCCUCGUCUACCGCCACACCAUGGCCAACUGCAAGAAGCUGCUGCUCGAGCGCGGAAUCUACGUACGCCUCCUGAUCGCCCACAUAAAGCCGUAG